CUGCGGCUCCGCCUAGGAGCGGCGGGCGGGACAAGAAUCCACCCGGACCCUGCCGCGGCCCGGGGCCUGGUGGCUCAGUCCUUGGCAGCAGCGACAUGCGGCUCCUGUUCCUGGCGGUGCUGCGGCCACACACCGGCAACGCGGUCACGGCCGAGCGCCUGCGGGACCACCUAGAAGCCGCAGGCCACAUGUGCGUUCUGAGAGACGCCUUUGACUUUGAAAGCCCGUCUGAAAUUGCCAAGCUCAUCGCGGCGGAGAACCUGGAAGCAGCCCUGGCCCUUCACCUCUACCGAGGAGGCAGACUUCUGCAAGGUCAUGGCAUUCCUUUCGGGGUCAUCUUUGGUGGAACGGAUUUAAAUGAAGAUGCCCAUCAUAAAGAAAAAAAUGAAGUCAUGGGGAAAGUUCUGGAGGAAGCCAGGUUUGCCGUGGCUUUCACAGAGGCAAUGAAGGGCACAGCACAGGCGCAGUGGCCACAUGCUACUGGGAAGAUCUUUGUCCAGAGUCAAGGAAUUGCAACGAUACCAAAUGCCAACUUUAACUGGAACACCUUCCUCCAGCAAUCAGAGAUUGACCAAAGUGCAGACAACCUUUAUGUGUUCCUGGUAAUAUGCGGACUCAGGCCUGUAAAGGACCCUCUGUACUUGGUAGAUGCGUUCUCAGAAUGGCAUCAAGAAGAGCCCAACGUUUACAUGGUGAUUGUAGGUCCUGAGGUAGAUCCAGCAUUUACAAGGGAAGUGAAGGACCGGGUGAGGAGGGCUGCAGGGGUGCGGCUGAUCCGAGAGAUGUGCCAGGAAGAUCUGCACGCAGUGGUGAAGAGCUGCUUCGCGCUGGUCAACAGCUCAGUCUCCGAGGGCAUGUCAGCCGCCAUCCUGGAGGCCAUGGAUUUAGAAGUUCCCGUGCUGGCUAGGAACAUCCCUGGGAACUCGGCUGUGGUGGAGCAUGGAGUCACAGGACUGCUGUUUUCAAAUCCUCAGGAGUUCAUUCAGUUGGCAAAGAGACUGGUUAGUGAUCCUGCACUGGAGAAGGAAAUCGUGACCAAUGGAAGGGAGUAUGUGAGGACACACCAUUCCUGGCAGGUGGAAAGAGACACCUACCAGCGCCUCAUCCAGAAGCUGGAGGCCAGCUUGGAGGAUUAAACGAUGGAAGUCUGUGCUUACCACAUCUAUCCCAACAACCAUCCGGUGCUCAGCUCUGGGUAGAUGCCAAAAGAUGGGACUUAGUCCUGGACCACUGGAAUCCUAGAGUCCCCAGGAAUAUAUCCACCCCCAACUCUCCUGUGUGGCGAACACAGUCCCAAAAGUGCUUACAGCUCCGUUCUGGAUGGGCUUAUAGCUCACUCCUGAAAGUGCUUAGGACUCAGUCCCCAGAAAUGUUUGCAGCUCAGUGUAGGUGAUGGGGGUGCAUCUCAGGGGCCUCUGGGGAAGUGUUCCAAGAACUGCUUUUGCAACUUAUGGGGGUUAAUUAUUAAGCAACCACAGUGCAGAUCCUUCUCCUGACUUCAGGGUGAGCUCUGACUAUCCUUACCAGUUCACAAAGAAGAAACAAAAAGGUCAGGACUGUAAACAGAUCUUGACCUGUGGCCCAUCACGGGAUUCUGAUGGGUAUGUGGGGGCCCAGGCUGCGGCUGGCAUGCUUAUUAAAGCCCUGGAGAGGCUGUGAAUGGGUUGUGUCAGAACAUGUCACUCCUCACUGGUGCACCCGAGGGAUGCUUUCCAAAAGAGGCCAGGUUGCCCUGCGGGUCCUGCCCACCUGUAUCAUGUCACAGGGAGCCUGGAAGAUGAUAGGACUGGAAGACUCUGAACAAUGGUGGCACCCAAGACUGUGACAGGAGGUCACUGGGGUAUGGGGAGGUCAGCCUGGGGGUCAGUAGGAUCUCCCCACACCAGCACACCGUGCUUCCUGUGCCCUCUUGCUGAAUUCCAGCAAGGCUGUGCUGUGCUACUUACUGUGAGCAGGACAUGGAACAGUCACCUGUGCUAAAGCAAGCAGCUUGGAGGAGGAGAGAAGGAGACCAGCCGAGAGCCACACAUGCAAAGAAAGUGUCAGGUUCUGGAGGGAACUGAGGAGGACUCAGCACCCGUGUUGUCCCUGCUCCAACUCUGAAGGCACAUCCUGGGCCUUUUGCUUUUCUACAAAAAAUAGAAAGAAAAAAGAAAGGAAGAAAGAAAAAGACAGACAGACAGAAAGAAACACUAUCAGCAACAUCUCUUUUUAAGAGAAGCGGGCUAGAAGGAAGUAAACUGUGUAAGUCAGUACUUCAGGGAUCAGAACAGAGCACCAUUCCAUAGGGUAUCAUUUGACUUCCCAUUUCCGUACCUCAGAUCCAGCACAGUCACUUUCAUGAAGGCUCCAGCCCGAGGCAGCAGCAAUUCCACAGAGCUCCUAGCGUCCGGAGGCCGGCUGAGUGAUGUACCCAUUUCCUUAACCCCUGGCUUGAGCUGGGGUCUUAACCUCUCUGGGUACAAGGAGAGGGAGGUUCCUCUGAGCCCAGAGUUCAAACCCACCUCGGGAGAGGUGUGCAGAGGUCAGGUGUCAUUGUUUACAAAGUGGGAUGCUCUGGAAUGCAUGCCUCUCCUUGGCCUGGUGAUGACAUCACUGCCGGAGCCCCACAUUGCCAGCGUCACAUCUUCCGCAAUGUGCACUUUGGGGAAGGGAGGGUUCUUAAUUAAUAAAGCGUGCCACCAUCA